AUCCGAGACAGUUUAUGAAUCAUGGAGCUCCGGCACUUCGACUGCUUCCUCUUGUUCUUACUUCCUGCAUUUAUCGCCCACGCUCUUAGCUACCAAGAUGGUUUCUUGAGCUUAACUUGUGGGGGGGCUACUAGCUAUAUAGAUUCUUCGAACAUUUCAUGGACGCCAGAUGGAGAUUAUGUGACCUCCGGAAACACAACUAGUGUGGUUUUUCCCGAGGGUAGUUCAUCAACAACCCUCCCUGUCCGAUUCUUCCCUGAUUCAGUUGCCAGAAUGUGCUACAGGCUGCCAUUACAGAAUUCUUCAUCUUUGGUUCUUGUCAGAGCGCAAUUCGUGUACAAGAACUAUGACCAGCUAGGGAAGCCUCCGGUUUUCUCUGUCUCUCUAGGGACAGCCAUGUCUGCCACUGUGAAUCUUGCUCACACUGAUCCAUGGAUCGAAGAAUUCAUAUUUCCAGCUAACAAGGAGUUUCUACCAUUGUGCUUUUACUCAAUUCCGAAUGGUGGAGUUCCAGUUAUCUCAUCACUUGAACUCCGGCCGAUUCCUCCGGGAGCUUACAGAAGUGCACUGGGAAGUUCUACUGAUAAGCUGCUCCGGAAGUCAUACCGUAUAAACUGUGGCUACAAUGAUGGAUCCUUAAGGUACCCUUUGGAUCCAUAUGAUCGAAUAUGGAGCGCUGACGAGGAUUUCUCCCCUUACCAUGUCUCAUCUGGUUUCGACAUCCAAAGUAACUUUAGUCUGUCAAACAUCAAAGAAGCUCCCCCGACAGCUGUUCUCCAGUCCGGGCGAGUUUUGGCUAGAAGGAACAGUUUGGUGUACAAUCUGCCGUUAGAUAAUCAAGGCGACUACCAUGUUGUUCUCUACUUUGCUGGAAUUCUGCCUGUCUCUCCUGCAUUUGAUAUACUAAUUAAUGGAGACGUUGUGCAAUCAAACUACACGGUGAUGCAGUGGGAGGCGAAUAGUUUAUUCUUUACUUUAAAAGGAAUCAGAACAUUGAACAUUACCUUGAAGGCAAUAAGCUACUAUCCUUUGGUGAAUGCUCUCGAGGUUUAUGAGAUUGUAGAUAUUCCCUUGGAAUCUUCUUCGACUGCAGUUUCAGCUCUUCAGGUUAUACAGCAAUCCACAGGGCUGGAUCUGGGAUGGCAAGAUGAUCCAUGUUCGCCUACGCCAUGGGAACAUGUCGGAUGUGAUGGAAAUCUCGUCACUUCAUUGAAACUUUUCGACAUUAACUUGAGGACAAUCAAUCCUACAUUUGGUGAUCUGCUGGAUCUUAAAGAACUGGACUUGCAUAACACUUCUCUUGCUGGAGAAAUACAAAACUUAGGAGGCCUGCAACAUCUUGAGAAACUGAACUUAAGCUUCAACAAGAUAACAUCUCUGGGCUCGGAGUUGGAAGAUCUGACCAACAUUGAAGUCCUGGAUCUUCAAAAUAAUAGUUUACAUGGAACAGUACCUGAGAGCUGGGGAGAGCUAAAAGAUCUUCAUUUCUUGAAUCUGGAGAACAACAAUCUACAAGGACCUCUCCCACAAACACUGAAUCGAGAAAGUGUAGAAGUCAGGACAUCAGGGAACUUAUGCCUUUCCUUCUCCUUAACAUGUACUGAACUUUCGACAACUCCUUCACUUGAGAAUCCUCAAGUCACUAUCUUUGCACCGAGGAAACGCAACAACCACAGACAUUUAGCAGUUCUACUUGGCGCCGUCGGGGGAGCUGUUCUUGCUCUGUUUGUUGUUUCAUUUUCAGUUCUCCUGUACAUGAAAAGAAAGAAAUCUGAAAACACAUUUGGAUCGAAGCCUGGACUGGAUAUGAGUGGAUGGGAUUCAGCAAGAUUCUUUACCUACAAAGAGAUCAAAUCUACUACAAACAACUUUAAAGAGGCCAUUGGUCGCGGAAGUUUCGGAUGUGUGUACACUGGCAAGCUUCCCGGUGGUAAACCAGUUGCUGUUAAAGUUCGAUUCGAUAAAUCUCAGCUGGGAGCUGAUUCUUUCAUCAAUGAGGUAUCUUUUUUAUCACAAAUCCAUCAUCAGAAUUUAGUAACAUUAGAAGGGUUCUGCUGUGAGUCAAAGCAACAAAUUCUUAUCUACGAAUACUUACCCGGAGGAUCCUUAGCUGACAAUCUUUAUGGUGCCAACAGUAAGAAACUCACACUAAGUUGGGUUCGAAGACUGAAAAUUGCAGUUGAUGCUGCAAAAGGUUUGGAGUACCUUCACAAUGGAAGUGAUCUGAGAAUAAUCCACAGAGAUGUGAAAAGCAGCAACAUUCUUCUGGAUAAGGAAAUGAAUGCUAAAGUCUGCGAUUUUGGCCUUUCGAAGCAAGUGACUCAAGCAGAUGCAUCACAUGUAACCACCAUAGUUAAAGGCACUGCAGGCUAUCUUGAUCCAGAGUACUAUUCUACUCAACAACUCACCGAGAAAAGCGAUGUCUAUAGCUUCGGAGUUGUGCUUCUCGAACUGAUUUGCGGUAGGGAGCCUCUAACUCACACAGGCAGUCCUGAUUCCUUCAAUUUAGUUCUGUGGGCUAAGCCAUAUUUACAGGCGGGAGCAUUUGAGAUUGUGGAUGAGAGCAUUAAGGGGACUUACGACGGUGAGAGCAUGAGAAGAGCGUCGUUGAUUGCUUGCAGGUCGGUGGAACGAGAUGCGCAGCGCAGGCCGAGUAUUUCGGAAGUGCUCGCGGAGCUCAAAGAAGCUUACAGCCUUCAGCUGAGUUACCUUGCAUCUUCUGGUUCGGCGAAUUAA